UCUUCCGUUCUAUCAGUAGAGAGAGAGAGAGGGGGGUAGAGAGAGAAAGAGAUGGUUUUUCUCUUAAGAUGUGUUUCAAUAAGAGCAAUCCGUGUAAGAGAUGGUGAAUGUUCCGGCAGGCUGGAGAAGAAGAAGAUGAUCGGAAAAGAGACGAAUUCUUACGAUGCGAGUAGUAAUUGUAGCUUUACAUCACUAACAGUAUGGAGAAAAUCACUCGUAUUCAGCUGUCAUGGAUUUACAGUAUUUGAUUCCAAUGGAAAUCUUGUCUAUUGAGUUGAUAACUAUAGGGGUAACCGUACUGAAGACAUCGUUCUCAUGGAUGCCUGUGGAAAACCUCUCCACACCUUGCAUCGUAAGAAAAAAAGAUUUGUGAAAAACUGGGUAGUAUUCGAUGGAGAAGCAGAGGAGAGAAAUGGGAAACGGAAGAAGCCCAUCUACUGUGGAAAGAAGAAUGUAAAUUUGUUAUUGCAGAGAAACCCAAAUGUAUUGGCUCGUGUAUUUGGAGAUUCAGAUAGUCAUCCGGAGAGGAAGGAAUAUGGAUUGGUGAUACAAGGAAGUUACCAGAGAAGAUCAUGUAAAGUGGUAGAUGAAGACUCAGGAGAGGUAGUUGCAGAGAUUAAGAAGAAAGAUGCAAACAUUAAAGGCAUCUCUUUUGGGCUUGAGGUUUUUCAUUUGAUCGUUCGACCAGGUUUCAAUCCUGCUUUUGCUAUGUCCCUGGUUUUACUUCUCGAUCAAAUGUUCACCUGAAACUCAUUCUUUUUCUAUUGCUUUGAAAUUCAUUUUU